UUUAUAAGGGAGGGAAGGAAGUAAGGUACGAUACGAUACGAUUCGGUGAGUCUGUGAAGAGGAACCGACCAAGCAAACCCUAGCCGCCGCCGCCGCCGCCUCCGCGUCCGCCUCCAGAUCCGGCCGUCGGCAUGGCGAUGCGCGCUCUGGUCUCCAAGCUGAGGGUCCCCGCGGCUGCUUCCCGCCGGGCUCUUCCGCCGUUUCGAUCCUUCUCCGCCGCCUCUCAGGAUAAGGUUGGCGGAACUACUGCACGCGCUGCCGCUAAAGAAGGGACUCCAAUUUCUGAUAAUAGCAGGAAGGUCGAGAAGUUCUACAGGAAGCUGCGAUGGUAUCAAGCCCUUGGCAACUUCCUUGGGUUCAACACUUCAGUUUAUUUAUUCUAUCGCUACCACUACACCUAAGCUAAGGAGGAGCAAACUUAGUACUCUGAUUGUCACUCUAUUUAUGUAUCCAUAUACCACCUAAGUACUGAACACUCAAUUGCAUGUAUGAGUACGUACUUAGUACUCUGAUUGUCACUCUAUUUAUGUAUCCAUAUGCCACCAAAGUACUGCACACGUACUCUCAAUGGCAUGUAUGAGUAAUGUUUGCAUGUAUGAGUACGAAUGUUAUCCAUGUGGCCUUGAGCAGAAACAUCUUGGAAAGUCGCAGGAUUUAUA